UAUCCUGAAGCCUUCCAAGAAUUAUACCGUCUUAAGCCAGAAUUUAAUGGCAAACCGAAGUUUCUUAAAAGUAAAAAAAUAUUUGGUGGUGAACGAUCAGCAUUAGCUACAGUUUUCUUUGAACUAAACACCUCUGAAGUUAUAUCAUUAAUCAAGAAAAAUAUAAAUUCAAAACAAGAGUUUUUUGAUAUAGGAUUAAAAGAAAUAAUUGAUAGAAUAAGUAUUACAUUUUUUGGAAAAGAACAAAGAAUAGUAAAAAUUUUAAUUUUUAAAUGGCAGAGGAAUUUAAUUUCUUAUGAAUUAUAUGUUUUAGAAAAAGAUAUCAAAGAAAUUGACAGAGUAGUAACAAAAACUGUGAUUGAAUGA